AUGUCGAGCGAAGAGUGUGUCAACGAUAAGAGAGCUAGUGGAAGUGCGGACACUAUGGUUCGAGCUCUGGAAAUGUACCUGCCCAAGAAACUUGUCAAGAUUGUACUGCGACCCACGAGCUUUAUCCACCAGGGUAAACCUUCGCGUGUGUGGUGUUCGACUAGCUCUGCUGCGCACUACCACCGUGGCCACCUCUGA